AUGGCCGAUACCGUAACGACCGAAGUAGCUGCCGCAGCCGCCGCCCCAGCAACCGUGGCCAAGUCACCGAAGAAGCCGAAGGCCGCCGCUGGCCCCAAGAAGCCGAAGCAACCGGCAGCGCAUCCUCCAGUGAACGAGAUGAUGCUGGCCGCUGUGAAGGCUCUGAACGAGCGCAACGGUUCGUCGCUGCAGGCGAUCAAGAAGUACGUGGCGGCCAACUACAAGGCCGACGUGACCAAGCUGUCAUCCUUCUUCAAGAGGGCGCUCAAGAGUGCCGUCGUCAGCGGCAAGCUGGUCCAGACCAAGGGAACCGGAGCGUCGGGUUCGUUCAAGCUAUCAGCCGCCGCCAAGAAGCCAGCGGCAGCGAAGAAGGCAGCAGCCCCGAAGAAGUCCGCGUCGGCCGCCGACAAGAAGAAGAAGGUCGCUGCCAAGAAGCCGGCCGGAGAGAAGAAGGCCGCCGCCAAGAAGUCCACCAAGAAGGCAGAGGCUGGCAAGAAGCCGAAGACAGCCGCCGCCAAGAAACCGAAGGCCGCCGAUGGUGCAAAGAAGGCCGCCAAGAAGCCAGCAGCGCCCAAGCAGAAGUCCACGAAGCCAUCCAAGGCGGCGGCCGCCAAGCCGAAGGCACCGAAGCCAAAGAAGGCCGCAGCUCCCUCCAAGAAGGCUGCCGCACCGAAGAAAGCCGCCGCACCAAAGAAGGCAGCCGCUCCGAAGAAGGCAGCAGCAGCCAAGAAGUAA